CGACGCUGCUCAGCGGCCACAGCACAGCGGCGCCGAUCCAAGCGCAGCACUCACAAGCGGCGGCAACUCAGGAACCAUCCGCGCCACCCACGCAAUCAGCACCAUGGCAAAACAUAAGCUGAACAAGGAUGACGAGGACGCAGUAACGAGAAAAACGGAAGCACUGGACGAAGAGCAGGUGACCAUGCUGCGCCGGGCGUUCUCCAUGUUCGACUCGGGCAAGGCGGGCCGCAUCGAGAAGGAGAAGGUGCGCACCAUCCUCAACACGCUGGGCCUUAUGAUCGACGACCUCGAGCUGGAGGCGCUGCUCGAGCAGGAGGACAAGGAAGAGAACGGACGCCUGAACUUCGACUCCUUCUGCCGCGUGGCCAUCCACUUCCUGGACGAGGACGACGAAAGCCUUCAACGCGAGCUCAAGGACGCCUUCCGCCUGUACGACAAGGAGGGCAAUGGAUAUAUUCCUACUUCAAGCUUGCGUGAAAUCCUGGCUGCAUUGGACGACCAACUGUCAGCCGACCAGCUUGAUGAAAUGAUCUCUGAGAUUGACACGGAUGGCUCAGGCACCGUCGACUUCGAAGAACUGGCAUUU